AUGUCGCUCCGACCCGUCAUUGCGAUAUGCGGCACGACAGGCGUCGGAAAAUCAAAGCUCGCAAUUGAGCUCGCCCUCGCGAUGUCGAAGGAGCGGCGUGGCGGGUACACCGGCGCACGCAUCAUCAACGCGGACGCCAUGCAGGUCUACGCUGGCAUAGACAUCCUCACGAACAAGGUGCCCAUCGAGGAGCAGUGCGGCGUCGAGCACCUCUUGAUGGGCUUCAAGCACCCAGGCGAGCAGUAUGUGGUCGGCCAGUGGGUCAAAGACGCGACACGUUUGAUAGAAGAAACGCAUCAUCGGGGGCAAAUACCCAUCGUCGUCGGGGGUACGUCGUACUGGAUUCAGCAUCUUAUCUUUCCGGGGAGGCUUGCCGCAUUUGAUGCGGACGUUGCGGCGGCCACCGCGCCUGUCUCCGGCCUGUCGCCACGUCUGGCACAGGCAGCGGACCUCCUUCCAUCAGAGCUGCUGUCGCUGUAUCAUAACCUGCCAGCGGUGGCGACGGACGUGGACGCGGAGUCCGCGCUUGCGCUGCAUCGCCUCCUGACUGCGCUGGAUCCAGCUGUCGCGCAGCGCUGGCAUUGGAAGGAUACUAGGAAAGUCCUUAGGAGCCUCGAGCUGACAAAGCAGACGGGUCAUCUACCUAGCGACAUCAUUGCCAAACAGUCACAGGUCGUACUGCCACCGCGGUAUCGCACGCUAUGCUUUUGGUUGUACGCUAGGCCGGAGGUGCUGAACCCUCGUCUCGAUGCUCGUGUCGAUCAGAUGUUGGAGCAGGGUCUUCUUCGGGAAGUGGAGGAACUCAUGGAGGCUACCAAACAGUCGCCGACUCCGACGCCGCCGUAUCCGGGCAACGACGGGGAUGGUAACGCUGGAGCUAACACGACGACUGACUACACACUCGGCAUCUACCAGUCGAUAGGUUACAAAGAGUUCUCGUCCUAUCUCAGUCGCGACCAGAGUCUGCCAGUUGCCGAACAUGAGAAGGCAUUUAAAGCCGCAGUCGAGCGUAUGAAGGUCUCGACACGCCAAUACGCGAAGCGACAGGUGAGCUGGCUUCGAAACAAGCUGCUCCCUGCUGCGCGGGACGCCAACAAGCAAUCAAGGGAACUGGACGCCCCGGGCGAUGUCGUCCCGACCUUCCUGCUAGACGCUUCAGAGCUUGGCGACAGGUGGGUGACCGACGUGCAGCAGAUGGCAGGCCGGAUAGCAGAGGAUUUUCUGGAGCGGCGACCUUUGCCUGAUCCGCUGGAUCUGGGGGACGCUGCGCGAGAGCUUCUCGUCGUGCCAGAGAGAUCUACAGAGUGCGUCGAGAUGUGGUGCGAAUGA